AUGCGCCUCAUCAUCGUCGUUGCUCUUCUCGUCGCCGUCGUCGUCUCACAGGCUCAAGAAAUGGCGGCCGACGAAAAUGCCGGUCUCGCCGAUUUCAAUGAUCUCAAUCGGAUGAACAGCUAUCGAAAUGCGCGACUCGACAACGACGGCAUUCCAGACAAACCCGAAGAUGCUGAAAUUCGUGUUCAAAACCGCAAAUUGGAGCGCAAGUUAGUGAAGGAAGUUUGGACGGCGAUCCGCAACAUCGGCGAAUUGCUCCUCGGAUAA